AUGGCCUUGCCCUUUACUUUACUGAUGGCCCUAGUGGUGCUUAGCUGCAAGUCCAUCUGCUCUCUGGGCUGUGAUCUACCUAAGGCCCACAGCCUGAGUAGCAGGAGGGCCUUGAUACUCCUGGCACAAAUGAGGAGAAUCUCUCCUUUCUCUUGCCUGAAGGACAGACAGGACUUUGUUUUCCCUCAAGAGGUGUUUGAUGGUGACCACUUCCAGAAGGCUCAAGCUAUCUUCGUCCUUCAUGAGAUGAUCCAGCAGACCUUCAACCUCUUUAGCACAAAGGACUCAUCUGCUACUUGGGAUGCAAUCCUUUUAGAUAAAUUUUACACUGAACUUUACGAGCAGCUGAAUGACUUGGAAGCCUGUGUGAUGCAGAGGACUGGAGUGGAAGAGACGCCCCUGAUGAAUGCGGACUCCAUCCUGGCUGUGAGGAAAUACUUUCAAAGAAUCACUCUCUAUCUGACAGAGAAGAAACACAGCCCUUGUGCCUGGGAGGUUGUCAGAGCAGAAAUCAUGAGAUCCUUCUCUUUAUUGACCAACUUGCAAGGAAGAUUAAGAAGGAAGGAAUGAAAACUGGUUCAACAUAGAAAUUAUUACCAUUUCAUGACUAAUACAUCAUCUCAUACUUUCAUGAAUUCUGCCAUUUCUCAUGUUUACUACAUCCAUGACAUGAGUUGAUCAAAAUUUUCAAAUGUUUUCAGCAGUGUUAAGCAUGUUCAACUCUGCAGGCACCAGUCCCUUACAGAUGACCAUGCGAUGGAUCUAUUUAUCUAAAUAUUUAUUUAACUAUUUAUAAUAUUUAAAAUUUUCUUUUCAUAUAUUGUGUAUUCUUACUUCGUGGUUAAUAUAACCAUAUAUGUUCUUUGUAUUUAGCCAAUAUAUUAUUUUGCUUUUUUCAUUAAAUUUUUA